AUGGCCCGUCAUACCUUCCAAUCGGUCGCAAGUAACAAUGCUUUGAUCGAUUACUACCGCCGGGAGAUGUCUGCUAGAUCGGCAAAGGGUCGUGCAGACUUGGUUGAGGUGAAGGAGAGGAACGCCGAGCUGGAGUCCCAGGUCGCCGAGCUCAAGGGCAUUCUUGCUCUUAAGGAGAGUGGCCUUGAGCGGAGUGAAGCCGAUCUGCCUUGGCUCGUUUGGAUGCCGACUCUCGUGGCGAAGAGGGAGACGGUCGAUAUCUUCUGGCCUCGUUUGAAGAAGGUUAAAACCUUCCUUGCCGAUCAGGACCGGAUGAAUCCUCGCAUUUUGACUCUGAAUCAGGCGGUUGCCGUUCGUGACUCUUACGAGGCACUUAUGAGAGCCGGUGUUGCCGUUCCUUCUGAUUGGGUCGAGAAGUGCCGGUUGAUGUGGAGCAAGCUCGAGGCGGAGAUCGGUCAGGAGGAGGUGGUGACGGCGACGAGCUCGAGUUGGAGUUCGGCCCUUGGCGGAUGA